AUGGUUGAUACCUCGGCGACCCGGCGGCGGCCACCUCGAGCCCAGCCUACAGCAACAAAGUCCGCAGCCGCCUCGACAACAACACCAGAUGAGCCGGAAGACACGACCUCUCGAGUCAUCUCCCCCCUCGAUAUUUUGCGAGUCAUUCUCACCUUGGUCUUUGCCUCCUGUCUGCUCUCAUACUACCUCACUUCUGGAACCUCCCUGCUCUACAAAUACGAACCGUGGUUCUUGAACCCGUCCAAGUUGUCUCAAUGGUGGACAGGUCCGAUUGUUCUCACACCGGAUCAGUUGGCAGUCUAUGAUGGCAGUGACCCUGCGAAGCCUAUUUAUCUGGCCAUAAAUGGGACUAUCUUUGAUGUUACUGCGGGCAAGCACACGUACGGACCAGGAGGGAGUUAUGAAGUGUUUGCUGGGAGGGACGCUACACGGGCCUUUGUGACUGGAUGUUUUCUUGAAGAUCGAACCGGGGACUUGAGGGGUGCAGAAUUGAUCUACAUUCCCAUCGAAGAUGAUCCAGACGAGGAAAUAUCGAGUGCUGCAAGGAAAAUGCGCGCAGAGAAAGAACGACGAGAAGCCAGAAAGAAAGUUCUGGACGAAGUCAGAAGAUGGGAGGGGUUUUACAGGAAUCACAAGAAAUACUUUGAAGUUGGAAAGUUGGUCGGCGUCCCCGAGUAUACAGGCGAACCACCGAAGCUGUGCGAGCCAGCAGACAAGGGCAGGCCCAAGAGGAAGAACAUGAACUCGAGAAGGGAAAAGAAAAAGGACGCACCAGGAAAACCUGUACAAUAG